AUGCCACCAUUGGCAUCAGUUAAGAUUUACAGAUCUCUCCAUGCCAAAAACUCAAUCCCUUAUCUUCUUGGACAGCAUCUCUUUGUGGCCUGCACCGCUGUGCUCCUAGCAGUCAGCUCUCUGGCCAUGGCCAGUCCUUUGGGCAGCAGCUACCUGCCGCCGCAGGCCAAUGCCCACAGCACCUACAACUCGGCUGCAUCGAGCUCCUCCGCCGGUGGCCACUAUGCAGCACCCUCGUCCAGCUAUGCAACCCGAUCGCACGCGUCUCCAGCGGCACCGUCACGACAGUAUCUGGCCCCGGUCUCCCAUAGCAGCAGCAGCAGCAGCAGCAGCUACUCAGCGCCUGCCGCCUCCCACAGAAGCUACUCCGCACCUGUGUCCGCUCCAUCCAGACAGUACCUCGCUCCAGCCGCCUCCCACAGCAGCUACUCCGCUCCAGCUGUGUCCCACAGCAGCUACUCAGCGCCUGCCGCCUCUCAUACUAGCUACUCCGCACCAGUGGCUGCUCCAUCGAGACAGUACUUGGCUCCAGCUGCCUCCCACAGCAGCUACAGCAGUGCUGGCUCCUCAUACUCCGCUCCGUCCUUGUCCCACAGCAGCUACUCCGCUCCGUCCGUGUCCCAUCAGAGCUACUCCGCACCUUCUGUGUCCCAUCAGAGCUACUCCGCACCGUCCGUGUCCCACAGCAGCUACUCCGCUCCGUCUGUGUCCCACAGAAGCUAUUCCGUGCCUGCCGCCUCACACGGAUCGAGUCAGAGCUACGCCGCACCAGCCGUAUCUCGUGUCAGCUACUCGGCACCGGCACGCUAUGCAACCGGCUCGGGCCAUGGAGCUGGUGGUUACUCCCAGUCCUACUCGUCGGGCGGCAGCAGCAGCAGCAGCUACGGACAUGGCCACGCCGGCGCAGCGACUCGUUAUGCCUCCAACGGUGGCUACGAAUAUCGUCUGAAGCACUAA